AUGAGGUGGUAUCUGCAGCCGUCAGAAGAUGCUCAGGUUGAACACUCCUUCAGCUUCCUGGAUAUCCAGGGAAUCAGCAGCAACAAGCCCACUCAGCUGCUGUUGGAGUACGAGCGCGGUCCAUGGAAUCUCCGGCUGGGCUCGGCAGAGGAAGUGGACGAGGUGAUCGCUCACAUUGGUAGCUGUGUUCACCGGAUUUGUCCCACUGGCUCACCUGUAAAGUUGAUGAGGAAGUUGAGUCUGAAGCCUCCAGAGAGAACAGCGGCCCUCCAGGCCUUGUGGGAUGAACAGGGCUCAGCAGAUCUGGGACCCUGCGGUGGUUUUUCUCAUCAGUACUGGUGUGUGUGUGAUCACCUAGGUCUACCGUACAGAGAGGAGGUCCAAUGGGAUGUGGACACCAUCUAUCUCACUCAGGAUACCAGAGAGCUCAACCUGCAGGAUUUCAUCCAUCUGGAGAACAGGGACCUGGUGGCGAUCAUCGCAGCUCUAGAGUACAACCAGUGGUUUACUAAACUCUCCGCCAAAGACUACAAACUGUCAACCGAUGUGUGCGAGCAGAUCUUCAGAGUGGUGGCUCGAUCCAGCCGGCUGGAGGAGCUGGUGCUGGACAACGCUGGACUGAGAAGUGAUUUUGCUCAGAAAAUGGCCAGCGCUCUGUCACACAACCCCGCCUCCACACUGCACACACUCAACCUGAGCAACAACUCAUUGGAGGACAAAGGUGUUUCUGCUCUGAGUGCUCAACUCGCCAAACUGCCAAUGGGCCUCAAGUCCCUGAACCUCUCCAGGACCUCCAUGUCUCCUAAAGGAGUGAACAGCCUCUGUCAGGCACUCUGUAACAACCCAGUCAUCACCUCCACCCUCGCACACCUCGACCUGUCAGGAAACUCGCUCAGAGGCGACGACCUGCCGAACCUGCACAGCUUCCUGAGUCACCCAAACUGCCUGGAGACUCUGGAUCUGUCCAACAGUGACUGCUCUCUGGAGCAGGUGUGUUCGUCUCUGCUCAGAGGAUCUUUGAAGUAUCUUUCUGUCCUUAACAUGUCAAAGUCCGUCUUCUCUCACAGGAAGUGUAAAGAAAUCCCAUCGUCCUUUAAGCAGUUCUUCAGCAGCGCUCAGGCCCUGAGCUCAGUCAGUCUGUCGGGGACCAGGCUGCCUCUGGAGGCUCUCAAAGCGUUGCUGUUGGGGCUCGGCUGCAACCCAAACCUCAGUGACGUGUCUCUGGAUCUCAGCUGCUGUGAGCUGCGUUCAGGAGGCUCUCAGAUCCUGGAGGGUUGUGUGGCUGAGAUUCCCAACAUCACCAGUCUGGAUAUUUCUGACAAUGGUCUGGACAUGGAUCUGACCACGCUGUUGGUCUGGCUGGCCAAGAACCGCUCCAUCAGACACCUCUCACUGGGCAAAAACUUCAACAACAUCAAGUCCAAAAAUGUGUCUCAGGUCCUGGACAACCUGGUUCACAUGAUUCAAGAGGAGGAAUCACCACUGACCUCGCUGUCCCUGGCUGAUUCCAAGCUAAAGGCCGACCUCUCCAUCAUCCUCAAUGCUCUGGGCAGCAACACGUCUCUGACCAAACUGGACAUCAGUGGGAAUGCCAUGGGAGACAUGGGGGCCAAGAUGCUGGCUAAAGCCCUGCAGAUCAACACCAAACUCAGGACAGUUGUGUGGGACAGAAACAACAUCAGUCCUCAAGGUCUACAAGACGUCGCUGCUGCUUUGGAGAAGAACUACACCAUCCGUUUCAUGCCUGUUCCCAUCAUGGAUGCUGCUCAGGCCCUGAAGGCAAGCCCAGAGAAGACAGAGGAUGCCUUACUAAAGAUGGAGCAGUACCUACUGAGGAACCAUGAGACACGUAAAUACCUGCAGGAGCAGGCGUACAGGCUGCAGCAGGGAAUAGUCACCACCACCACACAGCAGAUGAUGGACAUGAUGUGUGUGAAGGUGCAGGACCACCUGAACUCUCUGAAGUUCACAGAGACCAACUCAGUGCAGGAGGACAUGAAGGUGGCAGAGAACUUCAUGAAAGACGCCAGGAACUCUAAGACAGUAAGACAACAUGACUCACAGCAAUAUAGACUGUUUAAAACACCUACAGUCUACAAACAUCCACAGCUGACAAUGCUGGUGUCCAUGGUAGACGCCGCUGAGGGUCUGUGUCCUCAUGUGAUGAAGAAGAGCGGCCUUCGUCAGGAGCUGCUGAAGGCCGGAGCAGGGAGGAUGACCAUCCCUCGCUGCUUCAUCACCACCACACUGCUGGAGCAGUCGGGGGUUGACAUCAUCAACAAGAUCAGUGAAGUGAAGCUGAGCAUGGCCUCAUUUCUGUCUGAUCGCAUCGUGGAUGAGAUCCUGGAGUCUCUGUCCAGAUCACAGCACACUCUGGGUGACCAUCUGAUCAGGAAGAGUCAGCCUCUGCUGCAUCAUGAACCCCAGAUGGAGACGGAGGUUUUGGAUGAGUUGGUUCUGCAGCCAGAGAAAAAGGAACACAAACAAAGCCAUGACCAGGAGCAGAAACAUGGGCUGGAGCACAUGGACACCUGCAUUAUGACUCCUAAAUCCAAGAGGAAGAGUAUUCUGGUCAGGAUGCUGCGCCCUGUCUCUGUGGCAUUUGAGAUGGAGUUUGACCUAGACAAGGCUCUGGAGGAGGUUCCUAUCCAUGUUGAGGACCCUCCUCUUCCUCCUCCUCCUCCUCCUCCUCCACAGUCAGCGGACAGAAUGUCAACCUACUGCGGAGACCUCCCUCCUCCUCCUACCCCACUGAAUACAAAGUCCAUCUGUUUGAGCGAGCUGCCAUCUGUGGAGCACAAGGUGCUGGAGCAUCACACCAAACUCCGCCCGAAACCAAAGAAGAGGACAAAACCCAGCCGACCUCGGAAGACCACCAGCAGCUCAGCACCACAAGAGGUAGAGCAGAACAGCAUCAUGGGAAAGCUGGACGAGGGCCUGGAUGACUUCUUCUCCAAGAAAGUCAUUAAACUCAGCUUCAAACUUCCCUCAGUGAGAAGUCCAUCCUCCAGUCCGCAGGAAGGAGCAGAUAAGAAACGUGAAUCCAGGAAGAGCGGUUUCUUCAACCUCAUCAAAUCCCGGACGUCCCGCUCAGAGAAGAGCCACGGACCUGCCUCCAUCACUCCACCCCAACCUGCUCCCUCCACCACUGCAUCACCUUCUCCCUCUAUUACACCAGUGACUGAGGAAACAACGCCGACAUCAGCCACUCCGCCCCCAAAAAGCCCUGGCACUGCGGCGGAGCCUCAUCAGGAGCUCCUCGGGGCUCAAUCAUUCGACCACACAGAUUCUGAGGUGGAAGCUUCUCCGACCGUAGCUGAGCCCGCCGAGGAGGAGAAGGAGGAUGACAAUGUGGAGAAGGAGAAUGUGCAGAAUAAGGCGAACCAGGAGAAGAAGGAGAACCCCCACAUUUUCCGCCAUAUUGGGGUCCCUGUGAUGGGCAUGGACCUGAUGGCUGAGAUGAAGGCCAGACAGGAGAUGAUGGCUGUAAGGAAGUCUGAGUCAUUACUGGACAAAGAGGAAGAAGAUAAAGCCAAGUCAGACGUCCAUCCUACUGUGCCCUGCUGUGAAGAGUCCAGACCAGAGCCGACUCCUAGGUCAAAACCUCCCAGCGUCACCCCGAAACCUCCUCCACCCCAGGCCACCAAACCUCCACUGGGGCCCCGCACCUCUGGGACCCUCAGUCCUGCCAGUCCAACCAGUCCGACCAGUCCCAGGCCGAACAGCACCUACAUCUUUGAUGACUCUGCUGAGGCACCAGCAGGAAGCUCAUCUGCCAAAGCACCACUUCCUGCUCCUCGCCUGAAGAGGGUGCCAUCAGAGCAGGAGCAAGAGAGCACCAGCAGCAACCCUGCAGGACCCCUGUCUCCACUAGACGUUGAGCUUCUGGGGGAUGGUGAUGCAUUCGAGCCACCCAGUCCGAUGGUUGAAGCGGGCCUCGGUGGCAGACAGUGGUCGUCUCUAAAGAGUUCAGCCAGUCCUCCUACUGCAACGGAGGACAGCCGAGAGCGAGCCAAGUCCCUCCCUGCAAACGUGAAUCCUCCAUCUGUGGCAUGCACAGAUCUCAGUCCAGCUGAGGAGGACCUUCCAUCUCCAGCCACUCUCAAGUCUGAUAACAAAUCAGAGGAUGAGUCCGACGACGCCCUUCCAGCCUGAUGAUGUUAACAGUCUCGAAAUCCUGCUCCACUGUCGACCAGGAGCUCAAUCACAUACAGACAAAGUCAGAGACAGUGGACGAUGAUUUAAUCAUAUAUUUACAAUUCCAGGGGAGGCACAUAUAAAGGGGGCAUUUCAGUAUUUUGCACGUCCUGCUGUUAUCAGAGAAGUUUCCUGACUUCGGAACAGUCCAGGCUGUCGGGCCAAAUGGACAAAACAACAGCUCCAUUAGUGUCUCUGUCAACAUCUCUAAUAGGACUAUAAAGAGCUGAGCAGAUGGGUUUUAUCUGCUGCAGAGACAAUCUGCAGUUGUUUAGAUAACCAGGUCCAGCUAUAAAAAGCUCAGUUAGUCCAAAGCACUGAGGAGAAGGAGUCUGACUGUCUGAACAGGUCCAGACUGAAGCAGUUUGGUUUUACUGUAUUUCUGUUCUGCAGGUAAACUGUUGGUGGUAAGACAGCAGAUGAGACUCGAAAUAUGAACAAGUCCCAAAGAUUCUUUUGUACCCUGCAGACAUUCACUCCUUUUCUUAAAACAGUAAACUGUUAGAAAUGUUAGAAAAUGCCCAAAUUAGGAGCAGCUGGAAGAGAAACAACAAGAAAGUGUCAAAAGCCAAAGAAUAUUUACUCUCUGCUGCUAGAGCCAAAGAUUAAAUCUUUUUUUUUUUUUUAAUAUCUCAAAAGCUCAAAGUGACGUUGAGUCUUAUUCAACUUAAACAAAUGAGUCAGUUUUUUGUUUUACCAAAACCGUAUUUUAAUUUUAGUAGAACGUCCAUCUUGUUCAUGACUGCUAAUGAUGCUUAUGAUGCCAACUUGACUGGUGAAAAAUUGCUGAAGGUUUUAUUUAAUACCAAGGACUGUGGCAAAUUGGCUGUAUGUAGAAAAAAAAUCCUGAUAUCCUAAAAAGCCAUAUCUUGGAUGUUAUUAUAUAUAAUUGCAGGA